AUGCAAGCUGUUUCACCUGCGCAGGGCCCGUUUGACGCCGCUGCUUUGCACCAGCAGCCUAGGAGGAAUGAUCGCUCCAACUCGCUGUCCUCUGGCAGCGUAGUGACCAUCAGACGGCCCGCUUCAAUCUCCCGUGUGCGCACAGAGGGCUCUGCCGGGGACCCAUCAUUGAUACCCUUACGCUUGGGGCGUAACUCGAUCUCCAGCGAGCACAAGCACGACCUCUCUGACCAACCCUCCUUUGCGCAUUCGGCCUCGGGUUCCGGCGACGCCUUGGGCAUGAGCAGCAUCAAUCGCUGGUCCCACUCCACCACCUCCAGCGUCGCAUCGCUAGCGCACGGCCGACGAAAUCGCAGCAUAUCAUMGCCUCGACGCAGCCCGCACAAGCACCGCAGUCGACAGUCCGCAGUCGACAGCCAGUCGACCUCCCUCACUGCGAUACCGCCGCUACAAACCACACCUUUAUUGACCGACCCGAAUGACACCGAAUCUCCCUCAACAAGUCAAACUGUUUCGACACCUCCCAUUUCCUCGCCCGAGACGCACGACUACUUUGGAAGAGAUGAAGGCCUCGCACAGUACGGCAUGGCCAAGACUCAGCAACGCGUCGUAAUGGUUCGUAAUCAGACGGCGCCAGUCCCUGUUGUGAAAUCGCGAGCAAUGGACGAGCACGAUCAGAGGGUAAAACGCGAUGGUGAUCACCGGAGAACGACGCGCGAAAAGACCGAAAAGGACAAGAAGGCAAUGCUUUCCAAGGCCCUGCAAAAAGCAAACACUGCAGUUUUGCUGGACAAUGCGCAAAAUUAUGAAGGCGCGUUGGAAGCCUAUGGAGACGCGUGUGAAUUGCUCGGCCAGGUCAUGAACCGAACAUCGGGAGACGAUGACAAAUGCAAGCUCGAUGCCAUCAGGGUGACCUACAGCAACCGGAUGGAGGAACUCGACCAGCUUGUCGAGGAGAUGCCGGCCCUGUCCGACGAGAAGGACCUUCCUGCAAGACCACUAAGCGCUGAGAGUCGACCAUUGAGUCCCAACUCAAGCGGAUUGGUCACGACCGGGAUAGAUGGAGCGUUGCAUGGGAAUGAACUUGGCGCUCCUGAACGAGCGGAUGCCCCGAGGUUAUCGUACGCGCGUAAUGACGGAGACAGUUUCUUUGCGAGGACCAUGGCAGCUGUAGAAAGCUCGACCGCCUUCAAAUCGGAAAGCGAAGACGAGUCAGUCACCGAUGAUUCUGCAGUCGCGGCAGCUGAAGAGGCAGAUGAUGAUCUCCGGCAAGGACGAGAAUCGAGCCAUGUGCCACCAUCUGAUAUUGACCAGUAUAUGCCACGGCCGCUCUCUCCCAGGAGAGCACAGCUUACGGCAGAACCAUCUCACGCCGAUGAUGCUUGGGAUGGAGGAGUAGUACUUGAGCCACAAAGCGAUGUAAAGCAGCCUGGAAGAAGUCGAUCCAACAGCAAAGACUCUGUUUCCUGGCUGGACACGAUUGAUGAAUCCGCAUCAUCAUGUUCCGAUUCUGUACACUCAUUUUCAUCCCAGCGGGAAGUGCGCAGAAAGCACAUUCGAGGUAUUAGUGGCGUCACUGAUCCAGACUUUGACGCCGCUUUCGACGCCGCAGUAGAGGCAGCCUACGAUGAGGGCUUGGAGCCGGAUAUGGAGGCACGUACCAAGCAAAUGGCGGCCUACCGGCAGAGACAGAACGAGUCCAUCAACAUUCCCGCGUCCGAGAUUGACGAAAUCAUCCCUGGGGCUUUGCAGACGUCAAAGGCGGCUCCAGAUUUGGAGGACGAAGAGGAAGAGCGAAUCCUCGACGAAAUGACCAGCGAAUAUGGACAAGGAUUCAACUUUGAUCUCCAGACCAAGUCAGCUCUUCCCCGGCAAUCGGAUUCCAGCGGAUACUCGAGAAGCACAUGGCAGAGCUCGCAAAUGUCAGAUCGUGCCACCGCUGCAACUUCGCUCUCAACCGUAGCAGAAGAUGGACUGGCGCAAAGAUUUUCAAAAGUCACAACGAAUGGCGCACGAGUCGAUCCGUCUGCUCUUCCGCCGGCGACGGCACCCCCACGGGGGUCACUCCCACUCCCACCGCCACCGAUUGCAGCCAACAGCAGUCGAGUGUCGACUGUGCGAAGCCGUAGACUCUCAAGCAUCAACUCGAAGCAACUCAAAAUCGAGACAGUGGCCCAGCCUGAGGGUCGCAAAAGGGCAUCUACCUUCCACCAUACCAGCAGCCCAUUUCUGGAGGGGCCAAAGGAGGAUGAUCCCUCCGAGCAGAAGGACCAAGAGGGACAGCGUCUUUCCGACUCGCAGCACGACCAUCUUUUGAGAUCUCCACCGUCGCUAGAGUUGCAUACAGCGUUGGAUGACAUGAACGGGUUGGCGAAUUCGACAGUGACGGACUUUAGACCGAGCUAUGAAACACUGCCCGGCGAUCUGCUGGCAACGAGACCCGCUCUCUACAGGAAGAACAAGUCCUCCGUCAGCUUGCGGGACCACCCCGAGCAUACCAUCCUUCUGGCCWCCCCUGAUCCCGAUGCUAGCUUUCCAACGGCCACACCCAUGAGCACGACGUUCAUGAGCUUCGCAGCGCGCCGUAAUCACAGCGCAAUGACGUCGCAGCGUGCCACUCUGCCAUCAAAUGCAUUAAAUGGGACAGACAGCUACAUGGCCGGCGGCAUUUACCUCUUCGACACGUCGCUGUCCGUAGCACCGGGCCCGACAUCCCCUCGAUCACCAAACUCCACGCCUCAACCCGCAGGCCUUGAACCGUGCCCGGAAUCCUUCAUGUUACGCCCGUUCUGGCUAAUGCGCGCGCUCUCCUCAACAAUAAUACACCCAAAGGGAGGGUUCUUAACAACCAAGACAUUCGUGCCGCGCGAAGUGUGGCAGGCGACGGGUGUGAAGCUCAAGGUUGUUGAGGAUAAGAUUGCAAAUUGCGAUUUGCUCACGGCCGCGCUUGGCCGCCUUGCGGGUGUUGAUACGUAUGAUGCAGACGCAAUCAUGGAGGAGCUUCAGAGCUUUGAGGAAGUCAUGGAACGCGUCCAAGCUGCGCUGUCGAAGAAACUCGGAAACGAUGUCGGUGUGCAUGGCGUUGCCGGGAUGUUCAAGGAUGCUUCGGCCGCCAACGCGACGUCUACCACGGCCAAUGCAAGUUCGGACAUUGCUGCAGCAUCCGAUAAGGCAGCAAAGAGCAAUUCGGGGAAAAGCUAUCUCUCCUCCUGGCGCAAGCUCAGGAACAAGAGCUCUGGCACGCCAUUGUCGACGGCCACGCACAUAACCGCCAAGCCCACGAGCGGAAAAGACCAGCACACAAUGUCAUCUGUCCCCAUGACGAGUUUUGUGCCCGUCGAGCGUCGGGGCAACAAAAAAGAUGCGCGUAAUCUCGUGUUCGAAGGUCCUAAUAAAGAAUACAUGGGAUCCCUGGCUCGGCUUUUCGACGGCGUGCAGGUACUCGAUCAAAUCGCUCGCCAGGUCGAAGACCCUGGGCUCAAGCACUCCUCGCCUACGCAUGUUGGCCUGGAACUCAGCAUUCGCCACGCAGCCGAGUUCUUUGGUUUUUACGUGUGUCGCUUCGUGCUCGCAGACUUGGGCCUGCUGAUGGACCGGUUUGUCAAAAAGGGUACAGAAUGGGUCCUGGCUUAA